UCUACAGUAGUCCAGGACGCUUGAACAAUUGCAUACAGUUGAUUGAUUUGCAUGUAGUGAAUCACAUACCAUUCAAGGGUGCCUGUGAAAUGACGGAAUACACUUUUUAUUAUUUCCCAGUUCGAGGUCGCGGCGAGGCUAUCCGGAUGUUGUGGGCAGACGUUGGCGCGUCGUACGAGGAGAUCAACGUGGCGCCCUCUGUGGAGGUGUGGCAGCAGCAGUGGAAACACAAGAUGCCGUUCGGCCAGGCCCCGAUGGUGAAGCACGGGGACCAGGAGCUAGUGCAGUCGAACGCCAUACUGAGAUACCUGGGCCGGAAGUACGAUCUAUACGGUGACGGACCCCUGGAGCAGUACCGGAUGGACAUGCUGACCGACCACGUAGAGGACAUCCGGUCAGAGUACAGCCGCAUGAUCUACCACAACUAUGACAACGGCAAAGACGAGUACAUUAAAUCUAUUCCUACCAAGUUCGCCCCGGUCGAAAAAUUUCUGAAGUCAUGGGGAAAUGAAUACAUCGGCAAAAAGAUCUCGUUCGCGGACUACAACCUGUGUGACCUGCUGGAUAUCCACGAGGUGCUGUCCCCGGGCUGCCUGGCCCAGUUCCCAUCUCUUACGGCGUACCACGCCCGCGUCCUGGCCCGGCCCCACAUUCAGGCGUACCGGAAGAGCGAGGGCUUCAAAACGCGACCUAUCAACUUCAACGGCAAGCAGUAAACACAGUUGACGCCCAUGUUCUGACAAAUAACAGACGGGAGUCCCAAACGCUUGAUUCGCUUUUAGUUUAGUCACACAUAUGGUCGGCCUCGUUACAUCGAACAGCAAGCAGUACACACUAAUGCCAUGUCGUGUUACUUUGGUGGCAUCACCAUCUAUCUAUAGACGAGUUGACGCACGCGCACCUGCGAAGUUUAGACUCCGCCCACUGGUUAGCAAAAUGUUGUGGAAUUCAUAUUAGAUUUUACACAAAAUGUUGACAUAAUCAUAGUUCAUAAUAACUUUAAGUAAAAAUAGUAAAUAUUAUUAAACGAAUUGUGUCUGAAAAAAAAACAAAAAAACUGAUGGCCCCAUCGUGUUUACAUUAUAGACAUCACCAAUACAAACAGUUAAAGUCCAUGGCCCGAACACUGAAUGUCCGGAGUUCUUAACACUUGCAUUUUAUCCGCUUUUAGUUUAGUCACGUAGAGAAUCAGCCAAGUGGUGCGUUUUAUCAAAAGCUGUCUCUCCAUCUCCAAAUUUCAAGUUCAAGUUGAGUUUUGUUUAUCGACACACAACUACUAACCGACCGUUUUUAAUUUCAAAUGCCACGUAUGAUUUAUUAAAGAUCCAUAAACAAUCAAAAUCAACGAGUA